GAUUACAAAUGAAAUGGCGGCUAGUCAUAUUCAGUGGGAGGAAACAGUCAAUCUGGAAAAAGAAAUUCUGGGUUUGGCGAAGAGGGCGUUUAGACCAUUGAAAUAUCUGAAGACGUUGGAAUCCAUUGACGAUAUCAGGCCUGAACAUUUCUUCCAUCUGUUUGAAAUCGUAUCUGGUGAAACUAUUCCAGGAUGGCGUGACUGCAAAAACAAACGACAGGAAGCCAACAUGUGCCAGUUCCUGAUUAACACUUUGGAUGACAAUGUGGACACACUGUCUCUGGACCACAUAACCGGAGAGGCGAUUACAGAGGGGGACCCACGCGCUCUGAAGAAUCUCCUGGAAAUUUUCUGUGAAAUCAUUGAAGAGUAUAAUAGGAGGUCGCCACUGGCCGGUAAACAGUCACUGGCCGACAUAUCGGAUAAGUACAUAAGUAAAAAAGGGCCCGAAGCUAGUAACAAAGAGCUGAAAACAUCUACAGAUAUUACGGCGGAUCCUGGUUUCAUUCCACCCGAAAUAAGGAAACUACUGUCCAGAAUUAACAACGACGCCGAGACUAUUGCCCGGUACAGUCAGAGCAGUGGGUUAUUGGACGCUUUCAAGUCCAGUCACCGUAUAAAGGAGAUUUUUACCCAGACAACCCCAGUACCAAUGACGUCAUCAGUCACCAGUCCGAUCACAUGGGAUUUCAUUCUGAAGAAAAGAAAUCUUCAAGAGGCUGAAAAAUUACAGUCCAAAACAGUAAGUCAAUCUAAGCCCCUGACGAGAAAGGUCGUCCCCACAGGGAAGACGGUGGCCUCGGGGACAAAACCCCGGGGGCUUCAGAAGUCACUGGGACCAAAGAGAGUCGUAAAACCUAAACCAGUCCUCGGUUCGAAACUCCGGCGCAGCAGUUCCUCAGCUGUGACAAAGUCAGGACUAAGCCCAAUAUCUAAGAAGUCCAGUGCAGUGUCCAGUACGGGGGACACGGUGGACCUACAGAAGCUGGUGGAACACGCGGAGAUCGUGGUCAGUCGCCGGAGGGAGAUGGCACGUGAGAUUAAGCGGUUACAAAAUGAAGAAAAUAUUCUGAAGACGACAGAAAUGAUAUUGAAGAAGGAGAUACAACUUCUACAAAAGCAGAAAUCUAAGACUCCAGCAACUUCACUUCAAAGACUUACUGCGAGGAAUUAAUAGACUGGUCCAUUGGUUCCCUGUGGUCAUUUAAAAUCAGGUGGAUGGAAAUCAGGUGGAUGGAAAUCGUCAAAGUUUAUCAACAUUUCCUGAUAUUUCAUUCACAAGCUCAAGAUGUCCAUAUAUGACCGAUCCUCUCUACAUGUAUAUAUAUUCAUAAUUCUCUCAAUAGAUGGU